AUCAUUGGUGAGCUUGGCUCCGAAGUGUGAGCCGCUGGGUUUAGGCCUGGUGUCUCACUAGUCCUUAACUAGGACGAUUAGUCUGACUUGGAAGUUUUCUAUAUUUAGCUGGUUACAGCACCCAAGAAGGAUACUUCCGAGGAAGCAUUCUCAGAACUCCUGAGUUUUCCAGAGUGGACCCCUGGUGAACUGCCAAUCUCUGACUAUUCACCAAUAGGUCUCUGAUAUUGACAGCUUAAUUAUCUCCAUCCUUUGACUGACCCUGACCUGCAAAGUCAACUGUUUAUAAAGGAGCCUCAUAGGUUUGCGACCUUGGACCAACCAUCUACUGGAAGAAGUAAUUCUUCGGACAUCAGGGUGAACAACCCGAGAGUUUCCACCCAGAGCCAGGUAUAAGGUUGCUUUCACUUGGAAAUUUGAAAGGCAGUACUAUACUGGAGUAAACACCCUCUAAAAAGCAGUCCAAGCCGUUGUCCAUGUGGCAACCUAAACUGCCUGGGUUGGAGAUGAAGCCCGAAGCUUCAGCAAUAGGGCAAACCCGAAAAUACCACGAUGAAAGUGGGACAGAGAUAGAGUCUGAAGCUUUGGGACAAGAGCCAAAAAGGAAAUGCCAGGAUGGAUCAGGGAUGGUAUUUAAAGAGCCCGGCAAGGCCCAGAAGAAGACUUCUCAGGAGCCUCAAGACCUAGAGCUCCCGAGAGAACAGCCUAGCAAGGGUCAGGUACGGAAACCCCAGGGAAAGACUCCAAAACAACUAAAACCCCUAGAGUUGACCGAAGGACCUCCAGAGCAGGCUGUGACUGGGAGGAAGCCUGCUGAUGGUGGCAAGGGUCACAAGCGGCCCUAUUCCGUCAUGGAAGAAAACGAACAAAGCCCCCAAAAGGAAAAGUACGGAAGGUUGCUUCAACACCUUCAGUGCGACCAAGAUGUGAGGUCAGACCAACACAGGCCUCACCCAAUCCUUACAAACACCUGGAAGAUCAAAGGGGGCGAGUCAGGAGACAGUCAUGGAUCAGAAAGAAUUCAGAGCAAUCGAGAACCAUCUACUGUUGCUGCUCUAAAAGAAUGUCUUUCACCAGAGGGGAGAGAGAAGUGCUGUUCUGAGGAGAAAUGUGUUACAGAGAAGAAAGGUUGUGUAAAGGGUGAAGGAAGAAGGGGGAACAGUUUGGAGCCUGAUUUACCGGAAACAUGGGCUCAGAUCAUCCUGGAUAGUGGCAGAGGCAAUAGCUUACUCCCCAACAAGGUGGCUGUACUUGCGGCAGAGAAAAAGCCCAUUACAGACCAAGGAAAGGGCAGAAAAAUGGAUCAAAUACUUGAUAUUUCAGAGGACAUGGAGAAGGAAAUUGAGAAUGCGCUGGGUCCAGGACCCCAAGAGGAAAUCCUAAGUUCCAGAUUCAAGUUGCAAAUCAGCAGAGGAGACAUCCAGACGCUGGAGAACGGUCAGUGGCUCAAUGAUGAGGUCAUCAAUUUCUACAUGAACCUUCUGGUUGAGAGAAAUGAAAACCAAGGCUACCCGGCUCUUCAUGUCUUUAGCACUUUCUUUUACCCCAAGCUAAAGCAUAGUGGUUACAGUUCUGUGAAAAGAUGGACUCGUGGCAUCAAUCUCUUUGAAAAAGAACUCAUCUUGGUGCCUAUUCACCAGAGGGUACAUUGGAGCCUGGUGGUAAUCGAUUUAAGAAAAAGAAGUAUUGUAUACCUCGAUUCCAUGGGACAGACAGGGAAGUCUAUCUGUGAGACCAUCUUCCAAUAUUUACAAAAUGAGAGCAAGACCCGCAGGAACAUUGAGCUGGACCCUUUGGAGUGGAAGCAGUGCAGUGUGACAUCAGAGGAGAUUCCUCUGCAACUGAAUGGGAGUGACUGUGGAGUGUUUACAUGUAAAUAUGCAGAUUACAUCGCUAGGGACCAGCCUGUGACCUUUUCUCAGCAACACAUGCCCACCUUCAGGAAGAGGAUGGUCUGGGAAAUCCUGCACAGUCAAUUACUGUAACAACAUCCACCUGGUUGCUAUGGUCCCCAUUCCUGUUCUUUCCCAUCCCUGUUUCUAAUAUACCUCAGGUAGGAUGAGUUGAAGAGAUAUAAGACAGGUACUGAGCUGUCUCACUGGAUGAAGCCCAGUGUUCAAUAUAGUCCUAACGUGGGAUGUGGGACUGAUGCCCUAAUGCCAUCUCUAGGAUGCAUGCAACUAUUGCAAGCUUAGAAACUGCUGCUGCCCAACCCACAGGAAACCACAUGUUGAAGAAAUCCUGUUUUAAUGCUGGAUUUAGUCAAUCAAUUGCUGUUUUUUGUUUGUUUGUUUUGUGGCUUUUGGUUUGUUUUGGUUGUCUAUUUGUGUUUUCUUUUUUUGUUGUUUGUUUUUUUAUUGUGUCUUUGUUUUUUGUCUUUUGUUUUUAAUUGUUUGGAUUUUUUUUUGUAUUUUUGUUUUAUGUUUUUUUGUCUCUGUUUUUGUUUUUGUUGUUUUUGUUUGGGUUUUGUUUUUUGUUCUUUUUGGUUUCGUUUCUGUUUUUGGUUGUUGGUUGUUUUUUGUUUGGGUUUUGGUUUUUGUUUCUUAUUCAUUUGGGUGUUUUUGUUUUUUGUUUGUGGUUUUGUAUUUGGGUUUUUUUUUUUUUUGGUUUGUGUUUUAACAGUUGUAUUUUGUUUGUGUUUUUAAUUUUGUUGUUUGUUCUUUGUGGUUUUGAUUUUGUUUGUUGUUUUUUCUGUUUGUUUGUUGUAUUUUGUCUUUUUUGUGUUUUUGUUUGGUUUUGUCUUCCUGGCCCUAACCCACUGACUGUUUUCUUUUCUUCAUUUGCAAACCUUGGCCAUUGUCAAAUUUCAAUGCUAUAGUCCUUCUUUGAACUAUUUCUGAAAGGAAUGCUCAUCACGGUGCCAUUUCCUGUUGAAGAUCAGGAGGGACAUCAGCAGGAAGAGGCAGAAGCCUUUCGCUAGUGUCUCUAAUGACAGAGUUGCAUGCUGUUAAAUUGAAGCAGGGAAUAGUGGUGUGGUGGGGUUUUUUUUUUUGGUUAUGUUUUCAUAUUUUUUAAAAGCUUGAAAAUAAUAUGAGAAAUGAAAAUGAGUUCCACAGACUGGUGCUAUUCUGCACCACCGUACUCUGCUGGACCUCUACAGGAUGUAGAACUGCAGCCAAACUACUGACUGGACUCCAGGACCAGUAAGAAAAGCACCAUGGUCAUUUAAAGACUCAUUCUUUCCCAGACCUGCCUUAGUUUUGGAAGUUGAUUUGAAGUAACUAUAAUGGCAAAAGUCCAUUUCUAUCUCAGGUCUCAUUGAAUACAAACCCCAUCUAUUGCUGUAUUGAAUUUUUUUUAAAAAGUUCCAAUUAAUUAAAAAAUUUUUUCUUGAAAA